ACGUAUUCCCCUUCUUCGAAUAUCAUGUUUUUGUGUCUGCGUCAUUCUCAAUUAUUUCAUGCGUCGAUCGUCACUCCCGCGUGCACCUUCAGAACCUUCCAAACCGCGGACUGGCUACUGAUCAAGUAUAAAUGACGCAGCGCAAUAGCAAGUCGCGCAAUUUUUCACAUUGCUCGAACAUGACAAGUAAUGGCUUUCGUCCUCUUAUUCAAAUAUGCGCCUGUCUGGCGUUCAUCAUGAUCGUGGUCCCGGUUGAUCAAGAGGCUUGCGAUAAAACAAAAUGUCCGGGUCCAUUGGCAUAUUACAAUGAUCUCAACUGUAUCCCAGUGUAUGAAAAAGAGGACGAUUGCUGCGCAACAAAAUACAACUGUGAUCAUCUGAAAGAGAGAUCACCUACCAAAUGUUACGUCAACGGUAACGGUAACGAGUACGAGAUCGGAGAGAAGCUUAGAGAUGGAGACGCAAAUCCUUGUGACAUUGGUUGUACCUGCACUGCAGGACAUGACGGAAUAUCAAUAACACCAAACUGCUAUAUAAAGUUUUCUCUAUUAAAUUGCUGUCCUGAAGUGAUUUGUCGUGAAAAUCCCGAAGAUAGAGCUAUCUGUAACGUAAACGGAGAGGAAUAUAGAGAUGGAGAACGUUUUACUGUUAAAAGUGAACCGGAUUUAAAAUGUGUAUGCCAACCGGGUUACGAAGGGAGAAACAUCGAACCUUUCUGUGUAAAACCUAAGCAUUCAUCCUGCAAUCCCGAUAUUAAACUAUUUAAAUAUUGGGGUAUGCUCGAUCAACAUAUUUUUAAUAAUUGCACUCCGGUUUAUUACCCGACUCAAUCGCCACAAACUAGUUGCCGUGUGUUUUCUAGAUGUCAAAACGAUAAUGAUACUGUUAUUCACAACGUGGACAGUUCGAAAGCUACCGACAAACAUUUCCAUGACGAAGACGUAUGUUAUUUUGGUAACUUGAUUAUGCACCGCGGCGACGAAUUGAAUCAAAAUACAGAUUAUAGUUCUGAAUGCGUUAAAUGCAUUUGCGAAGUGCCUCCUGUAGCCACUUGUCAGCGUUAUGAAGAAUGCUUUGUCAGAAGACAACCUCCUUUCGACGAAAUAUACAUGUUAUAAAAUCUAUGAUAAUGUAAUUAUUACUUCCGUUAUUUGACUCAGGAUAUCAUAAUAAAUUAGUCUAUAAACAUAAGAACCUCCUUACAUAUGUAUAUUUUGAUGUAAGUGGAUAUCUUCUACUGUUUACAAUAAAACCACGUUUUUAUUGCGUUAAAA